AUGGAAGGAGAUAUUUCGGAGAAGGAACUGAACGUCUGGCAGUUAACCCAGAACUCCGUGGACCCCACGGAGAAGGACUGCACCGACGAAAGUCCAGCCGACGUCACUUUGAAGUCGGGCGAAGGCGACAAUUCGUUAGCAGAGCCCAAGCAGGAGGACACGGAAGAAAACCAAAACGAUGCCUUCAUCUGGGGCUACCAGGAGGGCGGAUGCUCGAAGGACCGCAGCGACGACGAAGGCCGAAUGGAUGACGCGUCAAUGAGAAGCUUGUCGUUGGACAGUUCGACCAAAGUUGUCAAAACAGGCUUGUUGGUCAACAAGUUUCAGGAAGUGCUGGAAGACUUGUCUCUUCCAAUCUUAGAAAUAUCACUGGAGGAGGUGACCGAACUGAGCUACCACGCUAGCCUCAAGCGUUUGGAGAAGAAAAUUGAAAUGAUACGAGCUAGAAAUGUCCAUAAAACCAUAAAGCAAGUUUUGGAAAAUGCAAAGGACAUUGCAGUGGAAAAGAUCAAUAAGUUCUACACUAAGGUAGUAGACAAAUUAUGCCACCAAAAGCCCAACACCAAGUCCAUUAAAGGCACCUUGAAACAGUACAAGUACUUAUUCCCAUUUUUGGUUAAAUACGACAAGACUACUGCCAAUAGAAUUACUUACGAGUACAUCUUAUCCAUGAACUAUCUGUACUUCAAAUAUUUCAAACGUCUCAACUACGAUUACAAAGAAAAAUGGACCAAAUCCGACUUAAUUGGUACAGACAAAGAAAUCAAUCGAUUUGAAUUGAACAACAGACACGAGAUUUUCUACACCAGUCCCGAAGACUCCGACUUCGAUUACAUAGAACAAACUUUCAAGACCAUCCAUGAGCUGUACAUCGGAGUAUGCUGUCACGAGCACGAGUUCAUCCGCGACAUAUUCAUGUUGGAAGACGAGGAGGCGUCGUCGUUGUUCGACGAAAUGAUGGGAAGAUCGCACAGCUUAAUCAACGAAACAAUUACGAAUUUAAUCGACGAAUGUAACGACCCCAUUGGGCUGAUGUUGUCGUAUCAGCUGCUUCUAAGAUUCAAGGGCACGUGUGAACACGUCCCGAUGUUGGACGUGUACUGCUGCAAUUUAUUGACCACUUUGUUGUGCAGAUACAAGUUUUUGUUGCAGCUCAACAUCAGCAGCGUGAGGAAUUUGGACAGAUCUGAAUUGGGGACCAACGUUGGUCUACAUUUUGUCACCAAAAGAUUCACGCAGUACGCCUACAGCAUGGUGCAUAUCAUUGGUAAAUCAUGCGCCAUCAUCAACGACCUGCACGUAGAGCUUCAUCAGGUGAUGCAACAGUUCUUUGAUAGAGUUCAGAUGUCUUUCGAGGCCCACAACAUGGAAAACCAGAAAGUUACAUUUAAUAUAAUAAAUUGCCAGCACAUUUUAGACAAACUAGGACGUGGAUUUUUUGGCUUCGAAUUGUAUUCGAAAAGGUACAUAUUCAAUGUCAGGACAUACCAGAGACUCAUUUUAAGAGAGUAUUUUAAUGACUUAGUUGAAUAUGUUGAUGAAGCUGAGGUGCUUUUGAAAAAUAGUUCCAUCAGCAAAGUAAUGGAGUUACAGAAGUGCAGUCCAAAUGUACUAUAUAAGUUGAGUUGCACUUGGAGAGCGUCAUUACAAAAAUUACAUUUAGAAAUACUGGCCCUGCCGAAACCGGGAUGUUACAAGCUAUUAGAGAGGACUUUGGACCUGUUCAUUCAAUAUUACUCUCGAUUUUAUAGACUGUUGCCGCCCGAUAUUCAAAGUCGUGCACUGAAACUGGGACUAAUUAUUGCUGAGGUUAAGCAGUACUGCCUGCUAACCACAUGCGACUGA